AUGGCCGCUCCUUGCCCAUGGGCCCCAACCAGCCAGCCAGCCAGCGAGCGUCACACAGAACCGAACAUUGUCGCCUGUUGUUAUCCUGCUGCUGCUGUUGUUGUUCUUGUUGUCGUCGUUGUCGUUGUCGCCAAUGCAUACAAGGCCCCCCUCCCCUCCCCUCCCCACUGGACAUGUAAUGUACAGUACUGCUCGACCCCCGCCACUGACCGCCAGUCGCCAGUCGCACGCCGCCGACCCAUGGCUGCUGUCGCUGCCACCGCUGCCAAGUGCUUCCGCCUGAAAUGCCUGCCUGAUCUGUUGAUGCUCACAGCGGAAUCCCCUCGACCCGAACUUGCUCUCGUUUCGCUCGUCUCACACAGCGUCGUCAUCACCGCUUGUCCAUGCCAAGAAGGCUCGUAUCAUUACCACCAAACCUCGCCGAUCCUCCAUAGCCCAUGUUUCCCCUCGACGCCAUUGGCGAAGCCGCCCGGGGCACAGUCCCCUACACACCCUGUCACUGCGUCUUCUAGGUUAGCCCCCGCCGUCACGACGCUCUGGGCGCUGCUUGUUUCCCUGCGGGCCAAACAACGUCAAACCAUUGCCUCCGUCAAAACUGCAUCAAGUCCGACGCGCGCGGUUUUGAAACUCGCCCCGUGA